AUUACAAGAUAUUAAUUCGUCGGUUUCGCCCAUUACCAACAUAUGCGGGAGAGUUUUCAUCCCUUUUUUAAAUAAAUAUUUUGUUUUGUUUUGAAUGGAACAGUAACAUGCCCGGAUGACAUCACAAUGAGCGUGAUGGCUGGACAGAAUGAGUUAGCAGUUUCUUGGACGGAUCCAACACCUGAUGGCAGCCCGUCUGGCAGACAAACCUCACCUGCUUCAGGAGCAUUGUUUAGUGUGGGCAGGCAUGCAGUGGUCUUCACCGCUAAUUACGACGGGGGCGUUUCAGCGACAUGUUUUUUCUAUGUCACCAUCACGGCUGAUGACGGCAGGGCGGGGCCUGAUAUCAUUCGAUGUCCUACCAGUCGCACUCCCAAAGUCUAUGAAACGUUUGAUAAUGUAAACUGCAGUCUUCCCUUUGAACCGCCCUUUGUCACCCAGACAAUGGUGACCUUCCUUUCAACGCACACUCCUCGAGACACGUUCGAUGUGGGUACAUAUCACGUGGUCUACAUGUUUACCAACGUCCAAGGAUUCGUAUCUGAAUGUGUGAUACCUCUCACAAUUACACAUGGAUCUGCGGAAUUCCACAACUCUCCAUGA